AUGACAGCUGCAAUGGUUUCAUUUUUGUACGUGGACGCCUUGUGUGUAAAUUGCGGCAAUUUUCAAAUGCGGGCUCUCUUUAUUGUAUUUGCCCUUCUUACUACUGCGUACUGCCUUUGCAAAGUCGGUGGUAAAGAUCGCAGCGAUAAUGAAAAAUGGGUCGAAGGCAGCUUUCUGAAGCAGUGCCUAAAGGUGGGAAAUUAUGGUGGCUGGAGGACAACAAUUUUGGGUUGUAUGGUGGACAGUAAACAGAUCGCCAUUGGUACCAAUGUAACAAUUGGAAAAACCACUUAUGUCUGUGAAGAUGUGGGAAAUGGAAAUGUCCGGAUGCGUUACUUCUGGCACUGGUAGAACAGCAGUUUGACAUCAUUUCCCUUUAUUCAGUUGAAAGAAAUGGUAUUUUCAUGGCUACUGCACCAACCUAUCCUCGUCUAGCAU